ACAAGCAAUUCAAGGAAUCAAAUCUAAGUGAACAUGCGCGAGAAAUCCUUAAACUCACAAGGGACACAGAAUUCCUCCAGAGUUUCUUGAGGAUGAACAUCGGGGCUGAGUCCGAAGCCGACGACUCAAAUCGUCCUCGACAAAAAGGAGCAAAGAAAGUCGCUGAGGAGAAGCCUGCACUGCAGCAACUACAAGAUCAGCAACAGCAACAGCAGCUGCAACAGCUGGAACAGCAGGAAGAAGAACAAAAGCGACAGGCACAAACAGCUGCAGAACGUCAGCGUGAUAAGGAACGCCACAAGAAGUUUCGAGCUGCAGAAUCAGAACACGAAAACAAUGCAGGAAAAACCACAUUUUCCCAGUUGACUCGAGACUUGAAGUUGCGUAAAGGACCUAAAAAGGGACGAAGACGAAGUCGGAUUCGACGCCAGGAAGAAUGUUACACGGACAAAGAUCGCGCUGCUGCUGUCAACAUGGGCUCACAUGACAUCAAGCAGUCACUAAAAAUGAAGAGACGCCAGGAUCGAACUCGUGCUCUCCAGAUUCCAGAAGAAGCCGAACCAGGAACUCUGUUGGCCCUCGGCAGUCGAGAAAUGCGCAGCGGGAACGUCAACAUUGCCAUAAACUUCGUGCAUAAGGCUCUGGAACUGAAUCCAAAGGAUAAGAAUGCAUUGGUAGCAAGAAGCAAAUGCUAUCUUCAGCUGGGAGAACCUCAACUGGCAUUGAAGGAUGCUGAGACAGCUCUCCAUGGUGACAAGAACUUUAUCCGCGCCAUUUUUCAGAAAGCUGAGUCUCUCUACCAUCUGGGUGACUUCGAGCACAGUCUAAUGUACUAUCACAGAGGCUUACGCCUGCGCCCAGAGCUUGAAGGCUUCCGUCUUGGAGUUCAGAAGGCUCAGGAAGCAAUUGAAAAUACCAUAGGACAACAUCUGCCACUAGCCGAUGAAUCCAUGCUAGCCAUCACCAGCAAUGAGGGAUCUGCUAAGAACACCAGCAGUGCCAGCAAGAGUCAAGCCAGCUCAACUGUCAGCAAGCAGCAGUCUCGCCAGUUCCUGGGAGAGCUGUGUGUGGAUAAGGACUACCUAGAGAAACUUCUCAAACAUCCAGAUAUCAAGUGCAUGAAUCAGCAAGGUUAUCAGAAUCCAAUUGCUUCAUAUGCUAAAGAAGGUGUAGCAUUCCUCAACAAAAGACAAGAGUUUUGGCGGCAACAGCGACCAAAUACCUCUGUAGUAAGAAAGGGGAGGAAGCAAAGUGCCACUCAGCUGGUCUAAAUGUUCUCAGUUGGGCAUGAUAGCAAACAAGAAUGUAUUUAUGGCCUGCAAAAUGAGAAGAGGAAAGUCAAAUAUAAUAAUACAGUUUUUUAAUAUAUGUAACACAAUUUGCAAUCAGGCCAGAAAGUAUUAAAUAAUUACUUCCACUGAGCUGACAUAUAUAUAUUCCCACAAGUUUGGAUCAGGAUUCACACAUGUCAUGACCAAAUUCCAGAGGCAACAUAUUGGUUGCUCACAAUUUUUUUUUAUUGCUAGUGGGUGGGACUAAGUCCCUUGUACUGCAGCCACUUCUGGCCUA